UUUUCUGUUCGCGUGCUGCAUUCUGGAACCGCUCUACUUCCUGCUUCGGGGUCCUUUUCCGGUUGGCUUUCAGGACUCGGUCGCCAUUUUCCAGCAGACCACGGGAGGAAGUAGUUGUGUUGAGUGAAGCAUUUGAAAAUGAGCGGAUGUCGAGUGUUCAUCGGUCGGCUGAGCCCCCACGCCAGAGAGAGGGACGUGGAGAAGUUUUUCAAAGGAUUUGGGCACAUUCGGGAGGUCAAUCUAAAAAACGGCUUUGGCUUUGUGGAGUUUGAUGACCACAGAGAUGCUGAUGAUGCAGUCUAUGAACUGAAUGGGAAAGAACUGUGCAAUGAAAGGGUCACAAUAGAGCAUGCCCGCUCUCCCAGAGGGAGAGGAGGUGGAGGAGCUGGAGGUGGAAGUGGUGGUGGAGGAGGUGGUGGUGGAAGGUUCUCUCCGCGGUUCAGCAGCUAUCGUCUGACUCGUGGCUCAAUGUAUGGUCCUCCUGUGCGCACAGAGCACAGAAUCAUCGUUGAGAACCUCUCGUCCCGGAUAAGUUGGCAGGAUCUGAAGGAUAUGAUGAGGAAGGUUGGUGAAGUCACAUUUGUGGAUGCACACAGAUCCAACAAGAAUGAAGGAGUGGUGGAAUUUGCUUCACACAGCGAUAUGAAGAACGCCCUUGAUAAACUAGAUGGCACUGAGCUUAACGGACGCAAACUCAAACUGACUGAAGAUCGCAAGAGGAAGAGCAGAAGCCGCUCCAGGAGCUACACCAGGUCUCGCAGUCGUUCCCGAUCCAGGAGCCGUUCCAAAUCCCCGAGCAGGAGUCGAAGCAGGAAUCGCAGCCGUACCAGGUCCCGCUCGGUCAGCCACAGCCCAGAGAGGAAGCCCCUUCCCCGGGCGGCCCCGCGCUCCCCGUCCCGCUCUCGCUCCAAGUCUCGAUCCCACUCCCGAUCCCCUCCAGUGCAGAAGAGGCAGUCCAGAUCCAGGUCCCCCUCGGCUGAGAGCCAGCACUGAGAGCCGUAUCCCUGCCUGCACCAGCUGUAUCUGUAGAUCUAGUUACAGCUCUCGUAUCUGGUUAGAAUUGCAGACCGAUCUGUUAAAGCAGCUGCUGAUGUGAUUUAUUGUCUGUUGCGUAAUAGAAAAGCCGCAGGAGAUGCUUUUUUUUGCACAAACUGCAUAACUUUUUUUAUAUUUUAUUUUAAAGCCGCAAUGUUUGGAUCCCCCCCCCCCCCCCCCCCCCCCAACACCUGCACUCGGCAACGUGUAUAGGAUUACAUGGUGUGAGGUUUUUUUUUUCAGUAAAAUUUUCGCCCCUUCAUAGUUUCAUUGUCUUGUAAAUUGACUUUGUAUGUGGAUGAUUGCAAUGGCAAGUGAUGUCCCUAGGUGGACUAGUUUGUUUGCAAAACACAAUCUUUUUCCUUAUUCUAUGAUUUGUUACACCCUUUUAAGUGGGUUAUUGGUGUUUUAAUUAGCUGUCAUUUUUUUUCCAGGCAGUUUUUGGUUUCCUACCUACCAAAAAUGAAAGACAUGAUGUGUAGUAUAACAUUUUGCUGUGACCUUGUAAUUUUGUGCUGAUUAAAUUUUAUAUGGACUAA